CAAUGCAGCCUUGAUCGUGCACACAGGGGGAUCUAGCUACUCGUACAGCGCGCGAUUGGCAUGGACAUGCUUACAAAAAUAAAACUUAACACCGAACAUGCCAUUUUGUUAUCAACUUUCAUAACCCGAAAUAUGUUUUGAAGCUGAUUGAAGUAUAUAUAUAUUUUUUACAUUUUGGAACCUCAUACCGGGUUUUGACAUUUGGAGGCCUUUCGCUCUUCGGCAGACCCACUCGGACCCAGAUAAUGGGCACAACCUGGGCAGGAGCGGCCGACCGAUGAUGACACUCUGCUGCACUGUGACCAGCCAUGCUCUCGUCCAAGGCGUUUCCCAGAAGGGGCUCCCCUCUCCGACACUGUGCUUACAUAGGUCAGGAAUACAACUACAUCAUACAAAAGGAAUGAUGGCAUGGACUUAUCUGAACUAUGGCACACCUGCAGGAUAAAGGUGAGGUCCCCCGACAUCUGAUACCAAAAGCAAAACCAAGAUCAAGUAGAUCUACAUUUUAUAAGGAAAAAAGUCGAUGAACAACUGAUGGUUUAGCAUCCACACUUUCACCAUGUUGACGAGGUUGCACCAUGGCUGCUGAUUCCUGUAGACUAGUAGACUCUCUGGUGCGGCACUGAGCCCAGUGACCCUAACCCAUGAUGCAGCGUAACGGUGGUGGGGUGGGGGCUGGUGGCCAGCCGUGGGUGCUGCGGCGCGUGCGCCUCACCUGGCUCAGCUUCAUGCUCUUCUUCAUCCUGGUCUUCUUCCCGCUCAUUGCCCAUUACUACCUCACCACCAUCGACGAGGCAGGCGGCCCCGACAAGCGCAUCUUCGGCCCUCGGCCCGGCGGUGAGCUGUGCGAAGCCAAGCACGUGCAGGACCUGUGCCGCAUCCGUGAGUCGGUCAGCGAGGAGCUGCUUCAGCUGGAGGCCAAGCGGCAGGAGCUGAACGGGGAGAUCGUCCGACUCAACCUACGUAUCGAAGCGUGCAAGCGUAGCAUCGACAGUGCCAAGCAGGACCUGCUGCAGUUGAAGAACGUCAUCAGCCAGACGGAGCACUCGUACAAGGAGCUGAUGGCCCAGAACCAGCCCAAGCUCUCGCUUCCCGUGAGGUUAUUACCUGACAAGGACGACCCAGGACUACCCCCGCCCAAGUCUGCCCGUGCCUGCCGCCUGCGCUCCUGCUUCGACUACGCCCGCUGCCCGAUGACCUCGGGCUUCCCUGUGUACGUCUACGACACGUCCUCCUACCCCUGGGGUGAGUCCCUGGACCCGCUGGUCAGGCAGGCCUUCGCCACCUCGGUGAAGAGCAGCAUCUACGUGACGGACAACCCCAGCAUCGCCUGUCUGUAUGUGGUGCUGGUGGGGGAGCUGCAGGAGUCUCCUUCCUCCCCCCUCCCGGCCCCCUCAGCGCUGGAGAAGCAGCUGAAGGCUUUGCCGUACUGGAGGUCUGACGGACACAACCAUCUCCUGGUCCACCUUUCCAGGAAGUCCAUGACACAGAACUUCCUGUACAAUGUGAGCACGGGCCGGGCGGCAGUGGCCCAGUCCACCUUUCUUGAGCAGCAGUACCGCGAGGGCUUUGACCUGGUGGUGUCCCCACUGGUCCACGCCCUCUCUGAGCCCAACUUCCUGGAGGUGCCGCCCCAGGUACCCGUCAAGAGGAAGUACCUGUUUACCUUCCAGGGCGAGAGGGUGGAGUCUCUGAGGAGCAGCCUGCAGGAGGGGCCGCCUCAAUCCUUUGAGGAGGAGAUGGAGGGAGACCCGCCAGCCGACUACGACGAUCGCAUCAUCGGAACGCUUAAGGCAGUGCAGGACAGCCGCCUGGAUCGGGUGCUGGUGGAGUUCACCUGUAAGAGCCCGCAGCCCAGCCUCCCCACAGAGUGGGCCCUGUGUGGGGAGAGGGAGGAGCGGCUAGAGAUCCUUAAGGCCUCCACCUUUGCCUUGGUCAUCUCCCCCGGGGACAGUCAACUGAUGGCCUCAGCGGGAAACAGCAUGAGGCUGUUUGAGGCCCUGGAGGUGGGGGCCAUCCCUGUGGUACUGGGGGACCAUGCCAGGCUGCCCUACCAUCAGCUGGUCCACUGGAGCGAGGCGGCCAUUAUGGUGCCCAAGCCCCGCAUCACCGAGCUGCACUUCCUGCUACGCAGCCUAUCAGACAAUGACCUGCUGGCCAUGCGGCGGCAGGGCCGCUUCCUGUGGGAAACCUACUUCUCUACCUCAGAGAACGUCCUGGGCACAAUUCUGGCUAGCGUCCGGACCCGCAUCCAGGUGCCCCCCGCGCCCAUCCACGAGGAACCAGCCCAGGAGAUCCCCCACAAGGCGGGCAAGAUGGCGGGCACGGACGCUAACAUGGGUGACAAUGGCGACCUGGACCUGGGUCCCGUGGAGACGGAGCCACCCUACGCCUCACCACGCUUCCUUCGAAACUUCACCUACACAGCAUCCGACACCUACCAGACCUGGAACCGUGCCCCGGGGCCAUUCCACCUCUUCCCUCACACGCCACUGGACCCGGUGCUGCCCUCGGAGGCCAAGUUCCUGGGUUCGGGCACGGGCUUCCGCCCCAUUGGCAGUGGCACAGGUGGCUCGGGGAAGGAGUUUCAGGCAGCGCUGGGUGGGAACGUGCCCCGGGAGCAGUUCACCGUGGUCAUGCUGACCUAUGAGAGGGAGGAGGUUCUGAUGAACUCCCUGGAGAGGCUCAACGGGCUGCCUUACCUCAACAAGGUGGUGGUGGUGUGGAACUCCCCCAAGCCUCCUUCAGACGACCUGCUGUGGCCAGACAUCGGCCUGCCCAUCGUGGUGGUGCGCACGGAGAAGAACAGCCUCAACAACCGGUUCCUGCCCUGGGACGUCGUGGAGACGGAAGCCAUCUUGUCCAUCGACGACGACGCCCACCUCCGCCACGACGAGAUCAUGUUUGGGUUCAGAGUGUGGAGGGAGGCCAGGGACCGCAUCGUGGGCUUCCCUGGGAGGUUCCAUGCCUGGGACGUCAACCACCAGUCAUGGCUCUAUAACUCUAACUACUCCUGUGAACUGUCCAUGGUACUGACGGGCGCCGCCUUCUUUCACAAGUACUAUGCGUACCUGUACUCGUACGUUAUGCCCCAGGCCAUCCGCGACAUGGUGGAUGAGUACAUCAACUGUGAGGACAUCGCCAUGAACUUCCUGGUGUCGCAUAUCACCCGCAAGCCCCCUAUCAAGGUGACAUCUCGUUGGACCUUCCGCUGCCCCGGCUGCCCGCAGGCCCUGUCGCAUGACGACUCUCACUUCCACGAGCGCCACAAGUGCAUCAACUUCUUUGUCAAGGUGUAUGGCUACAUGCCCUUACUCUACACGCAGUUCCGCGUGGACUCUGUGCUCUUCAAGACACGCCUGCCCCACGACAAGACUAAGUGCUUCAAGUUCAUCUAGCCCAGGGCUAGGCCCAGCUAAGAACGUUGGGCAGAACGGAGCUAGAGACUGAGGAACUCAGGCAGGACGGAAGAGAGAGCAGACAGGACUGGUUCUGAGAAAGAGGGAGGUUUUGGGAUGAGGGCUUAAACCCAGGAAUGGAUCUAGGAUGAAUGAGACAGACCACACCUUCACUGGAAGCUGAGAAGAACCUCUGCCAAUCAAGAAGCCUUUUCAUUUUUUUUUACGUAAUUGUAUUCUUCAUCAUGUCGUUCAUGUGUGUUACAUCAUCAACUACUACAGAUUUAAUUUAGCUUGUUAUGGGCCUGCAGAGAGAAAGAGGAGAGGACGCUGGCCACACUGCCUAUCCAAGGACAGUGACUUAACUUGACUCUGCAAGACAAACUCAAACUGGUAUUGUAAACAGACUGGUUUUAAACUGACACAGGGAGAGAAUGAGACAGUGGACUGCCACGUGGGCCAGCCCUGAGCUCCUGAAUUGCUAGCUAGACAUUUCACCCUUUGAGAGAGAAACAGAGGCAUACCAUUUGUCAUUGCACACAUAUUUUUUUUUUUUUGUCGUUUAUUUUAUAUUUGUAAACUAAUUUGACAUGUAUUUACUCUACUCUUGUAUAUGAAACCGUGAGAGAAGCACUGAAGGUCGCAGAAGUAUUCUAUUCAAUGAUCUUACUUUUUUUACAUAGUGUUUAGUAGUGUAAAUCUCCAUGUGGGAUGGUCAGUCGUCACCAGAACCUCUUGUUAUUAGCUGACCCAUAGAAUCACUAGAACGGGUAAAGGCCCUCAGACCAUGUCAAUUUCACAGUAGAUUAUAUUUCUAUGGGCAGACCUAAACUAAGCUAGAAAGUGGUCUUUGUCAUUCUGUCUUUAAAUGACCUCAGAUGGAGACUACAGGACCAUUAUACCACAAGUUCUACAAGUUUACCAGAAAAAUCUGUAAAAUAUUCAUAGGAAACUGUAUUAAUUGGAAUCCCAUUACCUAACACAUUCAUUAAGCCUACAGCAGACUACAUUGGUGUAAAGUCAGACCUUGGCUUUUUUUCUGACUUUUUGGAUGUUAGUGAUAUUGGUCUACCAAUGGUAAGUAAUGGAGUGUUCAGUAAUGGAGUAGGGUGACGUUGCCCCUAGAUGCAGAUCUUGGGUCAGUUUCUAACUUCUCCCACUAAUGGUUAAUGUUAGGAUUGGGGAGGGGAACCUGAUUCCAGAUCUGGACCUAGGGGAAACUUCCCGCAGGAGCAUCAAUUGUACAAGGAAUUGGAAAAAUAAGCUUAUUUCGACUCUGAAGAUGUUUUGGUGUUUCUGUCUCUCAUCAUGAUGGUCCAAUCAUGUCAAAGGUUACAGUUUCAUUCAGUUUGAACCUUCAAAAGGAGCUUCUUCUCUGUACAGCGUCUCCAUGUCGGUCCCUCAAGUUUAAUUUCAUAACGAUUUCAUGCUCAAUUAAUGUUUUUUUUUGCCAAAUAGGUACGAUGUUAUAUGCUGAAAAACAGCACAAUGUUUUGUAAAGUGCACAAUGCAGUCUGGUACCCCCCCCCCCCGUUAGACGGUACUCUUCCACCUUGGCCCCCCCCCCAAAAAAAUAGGUCCCCCGGCUAUGAAAAUGGCAGCGCCCGCCCUUGUACUAUGCAGCCCUUAUUACUUCAUGUACCUUGACCAUUUCUGGCUUCAUUCCAUUCAUUUGACUGGAUGAUAUAAACUAACAAUGCAUCCUUUAUUUGAGAUGAUUCAGGAGAGAUGACAACACUGUUGAUCAGAAAAUAGGAUCGGUCUUACUCUGGGAGGCUACUUUUAUAGAACUCAACAUUAUCGCCCCACAUAUACUUUCUGUGUAUUUAUUUAAUUGAAUAUAUUAAAUGGAUCUUCUAAGGCUUGCUUCUAAAGGGGUUUGUGAAUAGAAAUGACUGCAAUAAAAUGGAAUGUGAUCUUGGUCAUUAGCUCUCAGACAACGGAACCUGCUCCCUCGACUGACCCGGCAUCAGUGGGCCCCAUUACAACACUAACGAAAACCAAAUCAAGUGUUAUUUGUGACAUGCUUUGUAAAGAACUGGUGUAGUCUGACUGUGAAAUGCUUACUUACCCUUCCCAACAAUGUAGAGAGAACGAUAAUAACACAAGGAAUAAAUCCACAAUGAGUAAAGAUAACUUUGCUUUAUACACGGGGCACCAGUACGGAGUUGAUGUGCAGGGGAAUGAGAUAGAUAUGUACAUAUAGGUAGGGGUUAAGUGACUUGGCAAUAGGAUAGAUAAUAAGCACUAGCAGCAGCGUAUGUGAUGAGUCAAGAGUUGAUGAAAAAGGGGGUCAGUGCAGAUAGUUUGGGUAGCUAUUUGGUUCACUAUUUAGCAAUCUUAAGGUUUGGGGGUAGAAGCUGUUCAGGGUUCUAUUGGUUUCAGACUUGGUGCAUAGGUACAGUGAUGUACUGGGCCUCAUGCACUGUAGCGCCUUGCGGUUGGAUGCUAAGCAGUUGCCAUAUCAAGCGAUGAUGCAGCCAGUCAAGAUGGUGCAGUUGUAGAACUUUAUGAGGAUCUGAGGGCCCAGGCCAAAUAUUUUCAUCCUCCUGAGGGGGAAGAGGUGUUGUCGUGCCUUCUUCACGACUGUGUUGGUUUGUUUGGACCAUGUUAAUUCCUUAGUGAUGUGGAUGCCGAGGAACGAGACGCUCUCAACCCGCUCCACUACAGCCGAGUGCUACGGGGCGAUAGUGAUUUAGACCGGUUACCUUGGCAUUCUUGGACACAGGGUCUAUGGUGGUCUGCUUGAAACAUGUAGGUAUUACAGACUGGGUCCUGGAGAGGUUGAAAAUGUCUGAAGACACUUGCCAGCUGAUCAGAGCAUGCUCUUUGUACCCGUCCUGUGAACCCAUCUGACCCCGCGGUGAAUGUUAAUCUGUUUUAAAGGUCUUACUCACAUCGGCUAUGGCGAGCGAAAUCAAACAGUCGUCCGGAAUAGCUAGUGCUCUCGUGCAUUCCUCUAGGCGAGCAUUUCGCUCGUCUGGUAGACUUCCGUCACUAGGCAGCUCAUGACUGGGUUUCCCUUUCUAAUCCUUGAUCGUUUGCAAGCUCUGCCACAUCCGAGUGUCAGAACCGGUGUAGUAGGAUUCGAUUUUAGUCCUGUAUCGAGGCUUUGCCUGGUUGACGGCUCGUCAGAGGUCGUAGUGGGAUUUAGUGUCCCUGCUCCUUGAAAGCGGUAGCUCGAUGUGGCAUUGACUGCACGUCGUAAAACUUGCCCUAAAAUGCAGACCUGGGAUCAACUCUAGCCUGCACCAAUCUUAACCGGAUCCUUUCAGGUGAAAAGCAAAAGUGAUCUGAGAUCAGGACUUUGAGACAACAACAGUCUGAGUAUGUGCUCAGUUAAACCGGUUUUAUUACUCUGGGUCAAUCCAUUUGCAAUAAGGUGCAGUAGCUUCAGUUUGAGCUCCAGAUUUAGGCUGCAUAAUUACCUGGCUGACAGACUUCUGACAUUUCCUGAGGCAGGGAGGGUUCUGGUCGGGUGACGUCUCACACAGUGCUUUGAAAGUCCCACCUCCAUCCUUCCCCUUUCAGUUUCCUUCGGGGCCAGUGGCACAGGAGGUUUUGCCGUGGCAACAAGCAAGGAAAGAGGGCCAGGAAAAAGCCGACACUCGUUCCUUUAGCCAGGUGUUUAAGUGUUCUGAAACUGUGCUCCUGUGACUGUCCCUCACCCAACCCUGGGUCUUGUUCAUUAUACACCAAACAGACUGAAGCAGAGGGAAUAUAUGGAUUUAGUCCAAUAAGAAAGGCUUGUUUUGAUUUAGUUUUAAUUUACAACACUAAAGCUUUUUGCUUUUGUUCGCUAAUGAAUAUGGCCUAAGACUAGCACCUGCAACUACUACUGCCAGCCCUGUUCUGUACCAGACUGACCAAUGAUGACAGGGUAAAACAAACCAUUGAAGGCCAAACAUGGAAUUAAAGUUGGUUAAAAACAUG